AAUAGUAGCCAGAAUGAAUAUGGAAACGCGUCAUGGUACUCAAGGGGUUGAACAUAUUCAUGAGACGCCCCUUCCCUCCUUCCUCACCCAGCAGGUCAAGAUGCAGGCCGCCCUAUGUGCAUUACUCCUAGUCUCGGGAGCCCUCGCUGCAGACGUGCUGGAUCCCGCCUCCUGCACUGCCUUUCCUUGUCUGAUCUUCGACGAGGAAUUCAACUCUUUUGACCAUGAUACCUGGGAACACGAGAUCACAAUGUCCGGCGGUGGGAACUGGGAAUUUCAAGCUUAUCUCAACAACAGAAGUGUGAGCUACACCCGCGACUCCACCUUGUUCAUAAAGCCGCAACUGAUGAGUGAUUGGAAGGGCGAGGACUUCCUGAGCAGCGGCGAGCUCAACCUGUGGGGAAUGAACGGACGUGGCGAUGUGUGCACCGCAAACCAGAACUAUGGAUGCGACCGAUUCGGAGACCCAGUCAACAUCAUCAAUCCCAUCAUGAGCGCCAGGCUUCGAUCCCUCCCGAGCUUCGCCUUCAGGUAUGGACGCAUUGAGGUUCGGGCCAAGAUGCCACGUGGAGACUGGCUGUGGCCGGCCGUGUGGUUGCUGCCGCAAUACUUCACCUACGGACUGUGGCCAGCCAGCGGUGAAAUUGACAUUCUGGAAUCAAGGGGUAAUGACGACUACGGUGACCUGAGUAACAGAAAUGCCGGCACCACCCUUCACUGGGGACCCUACUGGCCUCUUAACUUCUACGAAAAGACAAUGGUUGAAUACACCGCCAACGACGGUUCAUUCGCCGACAGCUUCCAUACCUGGCGUGUAGACUGGACCAGCACUGAAAUUAAGGCGUAUCUGGAUGACGAGCUGAAGAUAACGAUCGACCCGGUCACCAACUUCUGGAACUUUGCCGGCUUGGACGACUCUAUUGACAAUCCUUGGACUUCAGGAAGCAAGAUGGCGCCUUUUGACCAGAAGUUCUACAUCGUCAUUAACCUUGCUGUGGGCGGCACCGGUGGAUUCUUCCCUGACGGCAUCGCUGAAAAGCCUUGGUCCAACGAUUCGCCACAAGCCUUCCUCGACUUCUGGAACGGACGUGGGAAGUGGCUGCCCACGUGGGAACAGGGUGAGGGCAAGAUCAGCGAGAAGGCAGCAUUGCAAGUGGAUUACAUCAAAGUAUGGAAGAUGACUAGCUCCGAGGAAUAAAGUAAUGAAGAAUGAACCAUGGAAGGCACGCAAAACACUGUACGUUUGUGGCACAUGUUUCUUUCCAUACAUGAUUGUAAAGUAAAACAAAAUAAGUAAUAUGAUCGCCUUUUU